AGUCGGAGAGAGUGCAGGCAGGGCUCUCAGUUCAGUCGGUGUGGCGAGGCCGUCGUGGAGGGAGUUCGGUAUUCGCCUCUGUGUGGAGUCUCGAGUCCUCGCGCUCUCCACUCUCCCUUCAGCCGCCUCUCCCACUCUUACUCUCUCACGCGCUAACUCGAGAAAAAUCAAGCAAACAGCCGCAUUACCGUAUCGCGUACUGAUCGCUCGGACAUUUGAGAGUAUGAAUUGAAUGAAAUCAAGGAAAUGUGGAUGAAAUCAUGGAGAAAUAAACUGAUGUGGAGAUUUUUAACACAUCCAAGACUGUAUUGAGUUUGCUCAUCUGCCGCUACUCCACUUCACUCCCCCCUGUGUGUGUCCUGACGUCUGAUCCGCCCACUCCACUACUUUAAUCUACCAACCAAAUAAGUAAUACUCCAGCCUUCCCAGCACUCCGGAAUAGCAAAGACUCAACUCCGCCCACUCCAGGCCUACCACGCGCCUAUCCAGACCCAUCACGCCCACCCCAUCCACCAGACUGGGGCGGCACGGAGUCAUGCAGUGGGCGUGGCUGUGGGCGUGGGGCGUCUUUGCCACCUUGACACUUCUGCCGCCCACAUGCGGGGACCCGAGACCACUGCCGCAGAGAGGCGGCGAGGGCAUCCUGGAACGAGCUCCACCCUCCCGGCCAGCGCCCAUGUGGGACCAGCCGCGCCUCAAGCCCUACUUUGAGAACACGACCAGCACACGGGUGGUGGGCGCAGCGGGACGGACUGCCUACCUGCACUGCCGCGUGGGUCACCUCGGAGACAGGGCGGUGACAUGGAUCAGGCGCAAGGGGGCUCACGUGCUGACAGUGGGGCUCUUCACCUACACCACUGACAGCCGCUUCACCGCCGUGCACUCGGAGGGAACAAACGACUGGACUCUCCGCAUUGACUCGGCCCAGCGUGCUGAUUCUGGGGUCUACGAGUGCCAAGUAUCCACAGACCCCAAGAUGUCCCGCCCCUUCCAUCUGCAGGUUGUAGAGGCGGCAGCACAGGUGGAGGGCCCCCGGGAGCUGCACAUGGUGAGCGGCAGCAACAUUAACCUUACGUGCAAGGUGACAGGAAGCCCCGAGCCGCCGCAGUACAUCUACUGGUACCGCGGCUCCACGCUGGUCAACUACAGCUCGAGGGGCGGCAUCAGCGUGGUCACCGAUAAGCUGUCCAGGACCUCGCGCCUCAUCCUCACGCGCGCCACCACAGCGGACUCCGGGAAUUACACCUGCGUGCCAGCCAAUGCUGAGUCCGCCUCCGUCAGUGUGUAUAUUCUGACAGGAGAGCAGCCCGCCGCUAUGCAGGGAGGGGAGAGUGCCGGAGUCCACUGCCCCGCCCGCCUCACUCAGCUGCUCCUCGCGGUGACGGUAGCCAACGUCCACCACCUGGCCGGGAGAUAGUGACGUGACCCCCCGCGCCCCCAGCUGCCUCCCAACUCCUGUGCAUCUCCUGUGUGUUUCUAAGUGUGCUCUAGUCCUAAGGUUCUCUGGUGCUGUGGCUGCGUGACUCCCGAGGCCAUGUGUGUGUGUGUGUGUGUGUGUGUGUGUGUGUGUGUGUGUGUGUGUGUGUGUGUGUGUGUGUGUGUGUGUUUGUGUGUGUGUGAGAGAGAGAGAGAGAGAGAGAGAGAGAGAGAGAGAGAGAGAGAGAGAGAGAGAGAGAGAGAGAGAGAGAGAGAGAGAGAGAAAGAAAGAAAGAAAGAAAGAAAGAAAGAAAGAAAGAAAGAAAGAAAGAAAGAGAGAGAGAGAGAGAGAGAGAGAGAGAGAGAGAGAGAGAGAGAGAGAGAGAGAGAGAGAGAGAGAGAGAGAGAAAGAAAGAAAGAAAGAAAGAAAGAAAGAAAGAAAGAAAGAGAGAGAGAGAGAGAGAGAGAGAGAGAGAGAGAGAGAGAGAGAGAGAGAGAGAGAGAGAGAGAGAGAGAGAGAGAGAGAGAGAGAGAGAGAGAGAGAGAGAGAGAGAGAGAGAGAGAGAGAGAGAGAGAGAGAGAGAGAGAGAGAGAGAGAGAGAGAGAGAGAGAGAGAGAGAGGAAACCGACAAAACACACACACACACACACACACACGAAGGGAAAACCAACCACUUGAAUAAACCCAAGACUCGUGAAAACACCAGCCAAGCAUUUCAUUCAUAACCUUCCUUGUAUCGCGGUAGGGAAGAUGAAAGGAGGACUGGAGAAGAGUGCAAGAGUGAACUAGAGUGAAGGACAAACAACACACACACACACACACACACACACACACACACACACAAUGCCUCUCUCUCUCUCUCUCUCUCUCUCUCUCUCUCUCUCUCUCUCUCUCUCUCUCUCUCUCUCUCUCUCUCUCUCUCUCUCUUUCUAAGGGUCUCAGGUCUCGCCACAGCACCGUGCUAAAUGCCUGCUGUGUUCACCUGCCCGCCGCUCGCUCACCCGGCCACAGCAGCAGCAGCAGCGGGGACAGACAGGUAAUGGCAGCAGCAGUAACAGCUUCCUUACAGUACAUUGUAGUCAAACCGAUCUAGAAUAUUUGCCUUUGUAUUUAAUUCUAAAAAAAAAAGAAAAAAAAAAUUUGCAAAAAAACUGACCUUACGGAAUCGCACUCAUUAUUAUUAUCAUUAUUAUUAUUAUUAUUAUUAUUAUUAUUAUUAUUAUUAUUAUUAUUAUGAUUGUUAUUAUUGUUACAGGUGAUAUUCCCCUCUCCCAUCUCCACCUCCUCCCCUAUCAGCCCAAUCCAGCCGCCACCUCUCCUCUUCUGUACCCCUCCUCCCCUCUUAGCCCCUCCCCUCUCCACCCCUCCUAGUAGAUAACUAGAUGCAUUUGUAUGUAUAUCGCUUUUAAAAACAAAACAAAAAUGUCAUUCUUACGCCCCUUGUUUUCUUUUUUUUUUGUAUUCUUUUUUUCAUUCUUCUUUUUUAAGCUACACACACACACACACACACACACACACACACACACACACGAGGGAAUUUAAUCGAAUGAAAGACAGGUUAACUAACUGAAUAACUCUCUCUCUCUCUCUCUCUCUCUCUCUCUCUCUCUCUCUCUCUCUCUCUCUCUCUCUCUCUCUCUCUCUCUCUCUCUCUGCCUGUUUGUCUGUCCAUUCCAACUUGCUAUCUGUUGUUAUCUCCCUUUCUCUCCUCUUCCCCCCCCCAACACACACACACACACACACACACACAAUCAGCCAGCCAGCCCAAGCCUCAUUACACAGAAACACUUGCACCCAGCCCACAGGAGUACUAUGAAGCAGAGACGCGAGGCCGAUUCGAAGCAGCAAACGAGGCCACUUCGGAGCUUCACACGAGCCUAAUUUGAAGCAGAGAGAGAGAGAGAGAGAGAGAGAGAGAGAGAGAGAGAGAGAGAGAGAGAGAGAGAGAGAGAGAGAGAGAGAGAGAGAGAGAUUUUAUUACUAUCGCCUGUGUUAUUAAAGGUGCCAGGUGUUGGAACAUGACAAAAGUGAACUUAUUUUUACUUGUAUGAAAGAAAAUUAUGAGUUAAGGUGAGAUUGGAGAGUAAGCGGUGAUGGGAAGGUGUAGCAGUCACGUGAUGAUAGGUGAGAAACAGAUAGAUGAGAUGAUGAUAGGUGGAAACAGGUUAAAAGGUGAUAGGUGAAUAGAUAUAUAAGGGUAGACAGAAAUAUAUAAGAAAUGAAAAUAGAUUGAAAUAAUUAAUUUAGCAGAAUUUUCUAUUUUUAUUUAACUUUAAUUAACUUUUAACUUUAUUUAACUUUUAACAAAAAGUGUCAAAACCUUUCAAGAUCUAGCUCCCCUCGUGACUUCUGGCAUCUAGCCAAAAAUAUCUCCAAUAACUUUGCUUCUUCUUCUUUCCCUCCUUUAUUUCAACCAGAUGGCACCACUGCUACCACAUCUAUUUCUAAAGCUGAACUCUUCGCUCAAACCUUUGCUAAAAACUCUAUCUUGGAUGAUUCUGGGCCUGUUCCUCCCUCUCCUCCACCGUCUGACUACUUCAUGCCACCUAUCAAAAUUCUUCGCAAUGAUGUUUUCCAUGCCCUCGCUGGCCUAAACCCUCGGAAGGCUUAUGGACCUGAUGGAGUCCCUCCUAUUGUUCUCCGAAACUGUGCCUCCGUGCUUGCACCUUGCCUAGUCAAACUCUUUCAGCACUGUCUGUCAACAUCUACCUUUCCUUCUUGCUGGAAGUUUGCCUACAUUCAGCCUGUUCCUAAAAAAGGGUGACCGUUCUAAUCCCACAAAAUACCUUCCUAUUGCUUUAAUAUCCUGCCUAUGUAAAGUUUUUGAAUCUAUCCUCAACAGGAAGAUUCUUAAACAUCUAUCACUUCACAAUCUUCUAUCUGAUCGCCAGUAUGGGUUCCGUCAAGGCCGCUCUACUGGUGAUCUUCUGGCUUUCUUACUGAGUCUUGGUCAUCCUCUUUUAGAGAUUUUGGUGAAACUUUUGCUGUUGCCUUGGACGUAUCAAAAGCUUUUGAUAGAGUCUGGUACAAAACUUUGAUUUCCAAACUACCCUCCUACGGCUUCUAUCCUUCUCUCUGUACCUUCAUGUCAAGCUUCCCUUCUGACCGUUCUAUUGCUGCUGUGGUAGAUGGUCACUGUUCUUCUCCUAAAUCCAUUAACAGUGGUGUUCCUCAGGGUUCUGUCCUGUCACCCACUCUUUUCUUAUUAUUCAUUAAUGAUCUUCUAAACCAAACUUCUUGUCCUAUUCACUCCUACGCUGAUGAUACCACCCUGCACUUUUCCACGUCUUUUCAUAGACGUCCAACCCUUCAGGAGGUAAACAUUUCACGCAGGGAAGCCACAGAACGCUUGACUUCUGAUCUUUCUAAAAUUUCUGAUUGGGGCAGAGCAAACUUGGUAUUGUUUAAUGCCUCAAAAACUCAAUUCCUCCAUCUAUCAACUCGACACAACCUUCCAGACAACUAUCCCCUCUUCUUCAAUGACACUCAACUGUCCCCCUCUUCUACACUGAACAUCCUCGGUCUGUCCUUUACUUAUAAUCUGAACUGGAAACUUCACAUCUCAUCUCUCGCUAAAACAGCUUCUAUGAAGUUAGGUGUUCUGAGACGUCUCCGCCAGUUUUUCUCACCUCUUCCCCCCAGCUGCUAACUCUGUACAAGGGCCUUAUCCGUCCAUGUAUGGAGUAUGCUUCACAUGUCUGGGGGUUCCACUAAUACUGCUCUUCUAGACAGGAUGGAAUCAAAAGCUUUUCGUCUCAUCAACUCUCCUCUGACUGUCUUCAGCCUCUCUCUCACCGCCGCAAUGUUGCAUCUCUAGCUGUCUUCUACCGCUAUUUUCAUGCUAACUGCUCUUCUGAUCUUGCUAACUGCAUGCCUCCCCUCCUCCAGCGGCCUUGCUGCACAAGACUUUCUUCUUUCUCUCACCCCUAUUCUGUCCACCUCUCUAACGCAAGAGUUAACCAGUAUUUUCAAUCAUUCAUCCCUUUCAAACUCUGAAACUCCCUGCCUGCUUCUGUAUUUCCACCUUCCUAUGACUUGAAUUCCUUCAAGAGGGAGGUAUCAAGACACUUAUUUAUCAAUUUUUGACUACUGCUUUGACCCUUUUAUGGGACUGGCAUUUCAGUGGGCAUUUUUUUAUUGGAUUUUUGUUGCCCCUGGCCAGUGUCCUUCCUACAUAAAAAAAAAAUCUAUUUAUUUAUUUGUUUUACUUAUUUAUUUAUUUUGGGAACUGGCCUAGACCAACAAAAAAGCUAUAUAAAAAGAGGCCCAAUGAGAAGAGUCUACACAGAGUACGACCAAAAAGGAUGCAGUAUAUGAGAAGUGUCUUGAAACCUCCCUAUGAUCAUACGUAUGAUGCAUCAUACGUAUGAUCAUACGUAUGAUGCAAAAUUGCCAGUACGAACAGAAAGGAAAACAUUAAUAUUCCUUUGAAGUAGAUGUGACAGAAAGUCGCCGUUAUUAACAAGAAUAAAUCAUCAGUGAAAGCAUCAGUGGCUUUUUGGAAGUGGCACGACAAAGUCGCCACUACAAGCACACAGGAACAGUAAUAAUAUUCUCUGAAGUGGAGUGACACAAAGUCCCCCGUGCAAACACAAAGGAAAGCAAUAUUUGUUUAAAUAUCAUAAAAGGUCUUCACAACAAACACAAUGCGAAAACAAUAAUAAUAUUUUGAAGUAAAUACGCCACAAAGUCAAUACAAACAGAAAGCAAAACAGUAAUAUAUAUAUAUAUAUAUAUAUAUAUAUAUAUAUAUAUAUAUAUAUAUAUAUAUAUAUAUAUAUAUAUAUAUAUAUAUAUAUAUAUUUAGGCAUGAUACAAAGUCGCCAUUACUGACAUAAAGGAAAGCAAUAACAUUUUUUUUAAACAGAUGAUACAAAAUCGCCAUUAAAAAAAUAUAUAUAUUAUGAUUUUUUAUGUAGAUAUUGACACAAAAAUCACCAUUACAAACAUAAAGCAAAACGAUAAUAAUUUUUUUGUGAAGUAGACAUGACACAAACUCUUCGUUACAAACACGAGGCAAAACAGUCACGGUAAUUGAAAUCAGAAACUCGUGCACACGUGACAAGAGUCUUAUCAGCGGCCAUUGUGCAGCCUCGCCUUCACUGUGCUGUUGACUCAGUUCGGGGCUGCAUCAAUACGCAAUUAUUGCUUGUAUUAGUUGAAUAAAUAGCUUUACACGCUCAUAGAUAAACAUACGCACCCACCCAUUCAUAGAUAAACAUACGCGCCCUCACCCACGCACUCAUAGAUAAGCACACAUUCACCCACUCAUAGAUACACACACACACACACACACACACACACACACACACACACACACACACACACACACACACACACACACACACACACAGAUAGACACAAAUACAGCAACGGGGACGGUCAUAGUUUAUAGGGGGACUGCCACGUGGAUGCAUGAUGGCUUCUUGCAGCUUCCCUUGUGCUCUUAUUGUUUUCUAUGAGGAAGUAAAGGACAUACGAACAUGAAAACAUUAGGGAAGCUGCAAGAAGUCGCCAGGUCUGCACGUGACAUUCUGUUAGUUAGUUAUUCAUGUGUAGUUACUUUUUUUUUUUUUUUUCGAACGGAGGGUGUCAAGAAGGAAAUUAUUUGUGUUUUUAGUGAAUAGGAUGUUUGAAAAAGAUUGAGAAAGGACAGAGUACAUUUCUUGGGGGGUUUAUAGAUUUCUACAGUAUUCUUGAACGUUCCCCGCCAGACUGCUAGACUACAAUUGUCUCUUAAACUCGCUCCUGAAGGGUAAAGGUGGUGCUUAUGAACACACACACACACACACACACACACACACACACACUUAGUUCAUCUCAUCGAAAUAAAAUAAAACUACAGAAUGAAAAUUAAAAAAGUUUCCUGUCACAUAGUUUUUUAAUAAUGACUGAAAAAAAAAUGAAAAUACAUGCCGUCUAAAAAAAAAAAAUCUGAACUCCCAUCCACUAACACAUAAGUGAAAAAGGUAGUUUUUUUCGGGUACAAUGCCACAACAACAACAACGACAACAACAACAACAACAACAACAACAACAACAACACCGGACUUUUCCCCGCACGGUACAACGGCGCUCAUUAGCAAGUGGUAAACAACUGUGCCGGGAAAAAAAUCCAUCACAACACGAGGGAAAAAUAUUAGAAGGGAAAAAGUACAUGAGAAAAAUAUAAAUGAAUAGGAGACGAGGAAAACAAAAGAUUAGCGCUAUCUUUGGUGUUGUAUUAAUUAGUUCAUGUUUACGCUAAUUGGAGGAGAGAGAGAGAGAGAGAGAGAGAGAGAGAGAGAGAGAGAGAGAGAGAGAGAGAGAGAGAGAGAGAGAGAGAGAGAGAGAGAGAGAGAGAGAGA